AUGCAACUUCGGGCCGAGAUAAACCUCCACAAGGAGGAGGGAGGGAAAAAAGAAAUCCAGAUCAACCACCUCGAGAAGCAGGUCGAGUCAUUGGAGCGGGAGAAGAGCUCGAUGAAGGCAGAGUUGGAGGCGAAGACAGAGGCGUUCGCGCAACUACAGAAAGCGUUCGACGCACUGAAGAAUACCACGGCGACAAGCGCAGCUGCAAAUGUGGGGGAGAGCGAGAGCCGUAAUUCAUCCUUCCUUUCCCCCUCCUUUCCCCCUCCUUCCCCCUCCUUCCCCCUUCUUCCCCCCUCCUUCCCUCCUCCUUCCCCCCUCCUUCCCCCCUCCUUCCCCCCUCCUUCCCCCCUCCUUCCCCCCUCCUUCCCCCCUCCUUCCCCCCUCCUUCCCCCCUCCUUCCCCCCUCCUUCCCUAUCCUUCCCCCCUCUGUCCGUCCCCCCUCCUUUGCCCCCUCCUUCCACCCUCCUUCCCCCUCCUUCCCCCCCACCUUACCCCUCCUUCCCCCAUCCUUCCCCCCUCAUUUCUCCCGCCCUUCCCCCCCUCAUUCCCCCACUCUUUCCCCCUCUCCUUCCCCACCUCCUUUCCCCAUUCCUUCGUACCCUCUCUGUCCUCUGCCCCUCCCCAGCAUAA